AUGAUUGACCUGAGUUUCCUGACAGAAGAAGAGCAAGAGACCAUCCUGGUCGUACUGAGAAGAGAUGCUGAGCUGAAGAAUGCUGAGGAGCAACGAGUCCAAAACCUGCAGAGGACAGUGGAUGAUAGAAGGCAGCUGAGGUUUCUGACUGGAGAAUGGUUCUACGAGACCAAGCAGCUCCGCCAUCAGAAUCGCAUCCAGGGCUCUGACAUCAUCAGAGCCUCCAUGAAGCAUGUACAGAAACUGUUAACUAAAUUGGAGCUCUCUUACAUCUUACCUGAGAGGUCCAGAUUUGGGAGCAGUGAAAACAUGUUUGAUCCACCUGAACUCUGUGGUCUCCUCCCGGAGGUAAAGGCACACAUCAACGAUGACGGAUAUCAGAGUCACAGUCAUGACUUUGAUGAAACAGUUUUACGAUCCCCCAUGAAAAGGAGAAACCCAUUCAGCAGUGAGCUUGCCUUUGAAGAAAACAACACUCAUUUAGUGGAUGGAAAACUGGAACAGACCCACGUUCAAAACGAUGAUGUCUCUGAGCAGUCUCGUUCAGAACCAAUAAUCCCUGGAUGGUCCAGUUCUGUUUGUCCUGUUACGGAGGCACGUAAGCCUGUUCAGACGGAAACCGACGAUGAUGAUGAUGAGGGUUACUCUCUCGUUAAAACCACAGACCAAUCACUCAGACACAACACUGAUUCUCCUGAAGCCAGCUCCAAUAUCAAAGCAUCACCCAGUGGAACCUCAAAGAGUUCAUCUCAGGCUUCUUCACCAAAAUAUGGACAAAAACUUCAAGAAUUUUUAAGAAGAGAGGAUAAGAAAACUGCCCAAAUUCAGAGUCCAACUAAAAAGGAGUUUACAAUUUCCAAGCAGAAAGACUACAUGCCAAGGAAAUACAUAAGUGCUCCAGAGGGAACUGUGGACAUCCCCACACAUGUCCAGCGAGACAAGACAGAUGGAUCAACUCCAAUCACAGAUGUCGAAUCGAUGCAAAUUAAAGAACUGCAGAAGACACAAUUUAAAGAGAAAUCAACCUUGUUAAAUGAAGGUUCUCUUCGGAACAGAGCAGUGAGCCAAACAUCUCAAUUUUCAGAGAGAAUCUCUGCAAGACAGGACAUUAAACGUGAGACUGUUGCCAAGACAGAAAUAAAAUCUUUUGAUGUUCGUCUGACCAACUCUGUCUCAGCUCAGAUGGAAACAGAGGACACUGCAGGCAUAUCCCAGGAAAACAAUUUCUUACAGCAGGCCGACUGCAACAUGCAAACAGAUAUAUUAAAAGAUGAAAGCACAUAUCAAGCCAUCCCUGUCUUCAUUGAUGAAGAGACAGAUUACUCUUCAGUAGGUUCAAUGACAGAUUCGCAGCUUAUUGAGUCAAAGCAAAACAUCACCUCUCCUGUACAGGAAAAGCGUAUCCCAGUUCCUCUUCCAACAAAGUCCAGUUUCCCACUUCAAGAGGGCAGACCAGCCAAGAUCAUUGAGCUAAAGGAGGAAUUUACAGCACCCAAUGACCAAGGAGUUUUCUGUCAGUCUGAUCUGAAAAUGUCCUCCAGUAAAUCUGAGGGAGGACAUACUUGGGAGAACACAGCCAAGCCAAAAGUCCUUAAAUCGGAAGAAGUCUCCGAGAAUGAUUGUGUUAGUCCAGACAGGUCACAUCUGGAGAGCUUUGCUACGAGUGUGGAUGUACAGUCGCCAUGUCAACAAUACAUCAAGGUAAGUAUUGUCAACCCAAAUAAAUCCCAACUUUCAAGAUCAGAAAACAAGAGUGACAAAGUCAGGAAGAGUCCAUCUAAGACCUACCACCCAAAGUUCCUACCUCGAGAAUCCUCAAGUCCUACAGGAUCGAGUGUAGAAGGCUCUCCCUUGAAAACCUUCCCCAUAAACAUAAACAUAAACCCCAUAACUGAAGUUACUGAAGAGCAACAAUGGAAGACGAUAGCAGUUCCAGGACAGAAGAAGAGCCUGUUACAGGCAGCAACAACUGUAAUGGACAAUAACCCCAGUCAAGACAUCAUCUCACACCUACCUCCACCUCCAGAUGACACAAGCUUUGCUCAUGUAUGUAUCCCAAGAAGCUUAAACCCCUUAGCUUCAACACAAUCCAGACCAGCUUCCGGAAAGGAACUAGCAAGAUCUAUAAUCCUCCAAAACCAACAUCUAGGACCGCAGGAUAAGGCCCACCAUUCUAAUUUUCUCCAAGAUGAGGAGACUGCUGCAGAAGGAGAUGCUGUACGUGCAAACCAAAGAGACGAGAGCGAUACUCUGGGUAUCUGGUCUAAGAAGGUCCCAAACAAAGGAAGAGACUCCAGCCAUGAAGGGACAGCCAGGACCUGGUCCCUGUCUCUACGAAAUUCAGAAACAGGUUGUGGUGACCGUCCUUGUCCCAUCACACCAAAUCUGAAACCAUCAUCUUCAAGGAGUUUGCCUUCAUCCAAAAGUCUGGAAACCCUCACCUCACAAACAACCUCUACUCAUCCCAAACCAAGGUCAAUGAAAGCCAGUUGUUCUGUUCCCGUUCUUCAGCAGGAUAAGAUAGACGGUGCAAGUUCUUUCAACAUCAACAUGAAACAGGACACUGGCAGCUCCAAGUCCAACAUGAGUCUCUCCUCGGGAAUGACCUGCACGUCGUCUCUCAGCAGCAUAAGCAGCAUCUCCCUUGCAGACUGGGGCGACGUCGGAGUCCAGGGAAGCAUCCAGUUUGCUGUAAACUACAUCCAAAAGCUUGUGGAGUUUCAGAUCUUCGUGGUGCUCUGUAGAGGGCUGGCUGUAGCUGACACCAAGAAUAAUCGUUCUGACCCGUAUGUGAAAUGUUACCUUCUUCCUGACAAAACAAAGUUGGGCAAAAGAAAAACCAGCGCAAAAAAGAAGACAUUAAACCCAACCUUCAAUGAAGUCCUCACGUAUAAAAUUGUCCUGGAGCUGCUGAAAACUCAGAGUUUGAACAUCUCAGUGUGGCACAACAACACUUUUGGGAGGAACAGCUUCCUGGGUGAGGUGGACCUGGAUCUGUCUGAGUGGGACUUCAGCAAUACACAGAUCAAUGAAUAUGCAUUAAAAGCCAGGGUCUCAGCAGAGAUUUCAACUUCGACUCUGUCAUCUCUGGAGAAGCGCGGAGGACAGAUGAGAGUUGCCUUGAGAUUUCUACUGCAGAUGCCCCGCAGUAAGCAAAGAGCGCGGACAGAAACUGGUGAGGUGCAGAUUUGGGUGAAAGAUUGCAAGAAUCUCCCUCCAGUCAGAGGAGGGAUCAUCAGCCCGUUUGUGAAAUGUGCUGUACUUCCUGAUACAAGCUGGAAAAGCCGGCAGAAGACCAGGGUGGUGAAGAGGACAGAGAGCCCCAUGUUCAACCACACCAUGGUGUAUGACGGCUUCAGACUAGAGGACCUGAGAGAGGCCUGUGUGGAGCUCACUGUGUGGGACCAUGAGCGGCUGAAGAACCAUUACGUAGGCGGACUGAGACUUGGACUGGGCACCGGGAAGAGUUACGGCAUUAAUGUGGUCUGGAUGGAUUCAACGACACAGGAGGUGAAUUUAUGGCAGAGGAUGUUACAGUUCAGUGGUGAAUGGGUGGAAGACGUUUUACCCCUGAGAAUGCUGGAAUCAGCCAGGAGCAUGUCGUCGUGAUGCUACAGUAUAUGAAGUAUAUGAAGUGUAUUGGUGCCAAUCAUCCAUGUAAGCCUGCAGGCUGAGAGCAGGAGCCUCAGCUGGCUGGAUCUGACUAACUAAUGAUCUUAUGAUGAUUUUAUGAUGAAGGUUUUUUAAUCACGUUGUUUUUUUAAAAUCUCAUUAACUGCUGAGGUGAUAUCUUUUAGAUAAGAAGAAGUCCAGAAAGAACCAUUGUCUGAAUUUCCCUCAGGAUUAAUAAAGUAUCUAUC